GGCAGGUUAGUUUUGGCCACUACUGCGAGUCGCGAGAGACGUUCCCAUUAAAGAACAAAAGCAGAAGCAGCUGCUACUUACCUUGUCUGCGUUUCUUCGAUCUCGAUCGAGAUCAGCUGUCGGUAUCUGUCAAUGGAAGCUGCGGCUGCAACUGUAUCUCCUCAGCUCUCUUGCUUUUCUUCCUUUAACCGCAACAGCAAGUUCCAGCUCCAGAGACAAUUCAUUUUAAGCCCCACUUUUCGUCGGCCGAAGCUAUCCAUUGUUAUGAAUGGGGAAGGGCGCGGUAUGGAAACUCCAGGGACUAAAACCACUCUUAGCUAUUCAGACGAUGCAUCAUCUAAUUCAUGGCCAGAAGAGGCAACAAAGUAUUCGAGUGCAAAAGAAGUUGCUGGUGAUGAAGCACAAGAGUCUGGCAUUGGCCUGGAGCCAAAGAGGGCAGCAAAAAUCCAUGAUUUUUGUUUUGGAAUUCCUUACGGUGUCUUUGUUCUAAGUGGGGGGCUUAUUGGCUUCUUAUUCUCAAGAAAACUUACGACUCUAAGCACUGGGGUACUUUUUGGAGGAGCCUUGCUGGCACUCAGCACCCUCAGCUUGAAGAUCUGGAGGCAAGGGAAGUCCAGUUUACCAUUUAUUCUGGGACAAGCAGCACUUUCAGCGGUCCUUUUGUGGAAGAGCAUUCAGGCCUACUCAUUGGUAACAAUUGCAUUGUCAAAGAAGCUAAUCCCGAGUGGGUUUUAUGUUGCCAUAAGUGCUGCAAUGCUGUUCUUUUAUUCAUACGUGGUGAUCUCCGGAGGAAACCCACCGCCAAAGAAGUUGAAGUCGUCCGCUAGCGUUGCAUCAUGAUGGGAAUUCUUAGAACUGUGGAAAAAGGGGAUCGCAAGCACAUGGUUAAUGUCUUCAUGGUAGCAGUUAACCUUUGGUGGUAGUUCCAGAGAAUGUACAUUUUUGUUGCAAUAUUGCCUCCAAAUGGGUAGUCUAGUAGUUUGAUAGGUAGCAUAAUUGCUCUCUAUUGCUUGAUGAAUAUGGAAUAAGUCUGCUGAAAGCCGCAGAAAUCGUCGAAAUUAUGAUAUAUAUUGCACUGUUCUUUCUAUAAGAUUCAUUUUUGAUA